AUGGGUAUUCCUGAAGCUCAGAAGAGAAAGGGCAUUACUGCAGAACAGAGUAUUCCAAGCAGAGUUUAUGGGAAGAACUCUUAUGGCCAUUCCUUCCAUCUUUUGAUCACCAUCGCCGCUAUCAAGACCAAGCGCACCAUCCAGUUUGUGGACUGUUGUCCCACAGGUUUCAAGGUUGGCAUUAACUACCAGCCCCCCACAGUGGUGCUCGGGGGCGACCUGGCCAAGGUGCAGCGGGCCGUGUGCAUGCUGAACAACACCACAGCCAUUGCCGAGGCCUGGGCCCACCUCGACCACAAGUUUGACCUGAUGUACGCCAAACAGGCCUUUGUGCACUGGUACGUGGGCGAGGGCAUGGAGAAAGGAGAGUUCUCAGAGGCUCGAGAGGACCUGGCUGCCCUGGAGAAGGAUUAUGAAGAAGUGGGAACAGAGUCUAUAAAUGGAGAAGAUGAAAGUGAGGAGUAG